UGGAGGUCAAAUCUGUCAGGCGGAUGGCAGAUAUAAAAUCCACUUGCAGUUCCCUCAGAUGUGAGAAGCAAAUAGUUUGAUCAAACAAAUCCAGAGGGCAGCCAUGGCCAAACUGAUUUUACCUUUGAUUCUCCUAGUUGCUCUCCAAGGCUAUGAUGUGACAGCAACUUAUGACAGCAACCAUCUGCAAAGUCUUCCUGAUGAAAAUGGGGACGUUUGCCAGGACUGCACCCAAAUAUUCACACUCCUUGCUGACAUGCUGACCAACGCUGACCUGCAGAAAAAGAUCAUGGGAGGAAUCGAUGCUCUGUGUGCACAUCUGCCCGGACAGGCUGCCAAACUCUGCAAAGACGAGGUGGACAAGAUGCUUCCAUUGGCCAUCACUUUUGUUACUGCUGUUGCAAAACCGUCAGAGGUCUGCAAGAUGAUUGGACUGUGUGGCUCUGAUGAAGAGCGUGACAGGAUGCUGAGCUACUUUGCUAACGAGGUUCUUCAGGCUGCUUUGAAAAGUGACCAUGGGGAGCCGGCCACAACCUGCUCCUUCUGUAUUUUCUUCUUCAAGACUUUGGAAGAGUUGCUGCCUAAAGAAAGGACUGAGGAUGCCGUGAUCAAACUGCUGGAAGAGAUUUGCCACAUCUUGCCGUCGACCUAUCGCGACCAGUGCGAGGUCAUUAUUGGCAAGUACAGCAAAACGGUGCUGGAUGCAAUCUUGGGCUACGCCACGCCGCAGGCCAUCUGUAACCUCAUCCACCUGUGCAAAGGCCAAGAAGUUGUCGACCCAUGCACACUGACAGCAUACAGAUGCAAAGACGUCAGCACCGCCCUUAAAUGUGGAACUCUGUUCUACUGUCAGAAAUUUGCCUGGAAGCCUCUGAGCUACAACACAAUCUGAAACAUUAAGGGUGGAGAAGAAGAACUGGCGCUGUUCCUGUGAACAAGCCCUGCUCCAACUACAAAUAUUUUUCCCCUAUAUAAUUUUGUAUCUUACUGCAUUUUAUGAUUGUUUUGCUUUAUGAUUACUCUGGCUGAGCUUAAAAAGAACAAAACAAAACAAAACAGAGCACUAAGAAUAAUCAGGACUGAAGAAAUGCUGCAAAGAUAUGAAAGCUUCACUGGAUGGAGGUUGAAUUCUUCAUAUCCCAGUUACUCUGUAAACAAGAUUAAACCUUCAGUCAGCUUAUCAAGCUUCAAUAGUUUAUAUCAUGUUUUUUAUUGUUUUUGAUUUGGCUGGAAUAAAAUGAUCCCAAUGGUA